AUGGCUGAUCUUUUAAAAGUAUACCUCAGAUAUAUUUUAAUGGUCAAACUCUCAAACCGUGGUACUUUCUCUGAUGGUGAAGAUUUCGAUGGUGAUUCAGUAAAAUAUCAUGAUGAUAUGUGGACAGCUUUCAACGAAAGCUACACGAAAGACGCUCACGCCGUGGAGGUAUCAAUGGUUCUUUUUGUUGUAGAUUUGAACAUCGCAAAAUUAUUCUCACAGUUCAGAAACAGGUUAGCACAUCCAACCAAUAAUACAAUGACGUCAAUCAAUGAUACAUUAAAUAAAUUAAAGCAAAGAGAAGCUGAAUUAACAGAAAUGGAUCUUUGGGAUUAA